AUGGCACCAUGGACGCGUCUAGCAUUCGUGCCUCUCCUCGCCCAAGCGGUAUCCUCUACUCCAGUCGCAGACCCCCGACACGACGACGCAGUCCACCUAGACCAACGCGACUCAGCCCCAGAAGGCUAUGACUCCCCACCCUACUAUCCCACGCCCUACGGCGGCUGGGCCUCCGACUGGACCUCGGCCUACGCAAAAGCCCAGCAGGUCGUCAGCAACAUGACGCUGGCCGAGAAAGUGAAUCUCACCACGGGAACGGGGUUCUACAUGGGCCCCUGCGUCGGACAAACGGGCAGCGCGCCACGCUUCGGCAUCCCGAAUCUCUGUUUACAAGACUCGCCCCUUGGAAUCCGCAAUUCAGAUCACAACACCGCCUUCCCGCCUGGUAUCACGGUAGGCGCGACAUUCAAUAAAGAUUUGAUGUACACGCGCGGCGUGGGCAUUGGCGAGGAGGCUCGUGGUAAGGGUGUUAAUAUCCAGCUCGGUCCUGCAGUUGGGCCGCUUGGGCGGAAGCCGCGUGGGGGUCGGAUUUGGGAAGGGUUUGGGGCGGAUCCUUCGUUGCAGGGGAUUGCUGGUGCGCUUACGAUCCGGGGCAUGCAGAGUACUGGUGCCAUUGCGACGAUUAAGCAUUAUAUCGGCAAUGAGCAGGAGAUGUAUCGGAUGAGCAGUGUUAUUACCAAGGGGUAUUCGUCUAAUAUUGAUGAUCGCACGCUUCAUGAGCUUUAUCUUUGGCCUUUUGCUGAGGGUGUUCGGGCUGGGGUUGGGGCUUUGAUGACUGCGUAUAAUGAUGUCAAUAGCUCUGCGUGCAGCCAGAAUAGCAAGCUCCUUAAUGGGAUAUUGAAGGAUGAGUUGGGUUUCCAGGGGUUUGUCAUGACUGAUUGGUUGGGCCAUUAUACCGGUGUGGGAUCUGCACUGUCUGGGUUGGAUAUGUGCAUGCCUGGUGAUGGUGCCGUGCCGUUGCUUGGUGAUAGCUAUUGGGGUUCGGAGAUGUCCCGCUCUAUUCUCAACGGGAGUGUCCCGGUUGACAGACUCAAUGACAUGGUGACUCGCAUUGUGGCUACAUGGUACCAAAUGGGUCAGGAUGAAGAUUAUCCUCUGCCUAAUUUCUCAACCAAUACCGAGGACGAAACUGGCCUUCUAUACCCCGGAGCACUCUUCUCUCCUAGCGGAGUCGUGAAUCAAUAUGUCAACGUCCAGGGUACCCAUAACAUCACUGCACGCGCCGUGGCUCGCGAGGCAAUCACUCUACUAAAGAAUGAAGGCAAUAUCCUUCCGCUGGGAAAGAAUGACUCGUUGCAGGUGUUCGGCACAGAUGCAGGCGGUAACUCCGAUGGACUGAAUUCCUGCUCUGACAUGGGCUGCGACAAGGGUGUCUUGACCAUGGGCUGGGGCAGUGGCACUGCCAGGCUGCCUUAUCUUAUUACGCCCCAAGAGGGCAUUUCGAACGUGACCCAGAACGCCAAGUUCUACAUCACCGACUCAUUCCCGUCCGAUGUGACUGUCUCUGCCAAUGAUAUCGCAGUCGUCUUCAUCAACGCCGAUUCGGGGGAAAACUACAUUACCGUAGAAGGAAACCCUGGUGACCGUACCGAGGCUGGGUUGUAUGCCUGGCACAAUGGAGACGACCUCGUCAAGGCAGCAGCGGAGAAAUUCUCACAAGUCGUGGUGGUGAUCCACACCGUUGGACCUAUCCUCAUGGAAGAAUGGAUUGAUCUUGAGUCAGUCAAGGCCGUGCUUGUCGCCCACCUUCCAGGCCAAGAAGCAGGCAACUCCCUCGCCGACGUGCUCUUUGGCGAUUACAGUCCCAGCGGCCACAUGCCCUACACCAUUCCCCGCAGUGAAUCCGAUUAUCCAGACAGCGUUGGUAUUAUCAAUCAACCAUUCGGCCAAAUUCAGGAUACCUACACCGAAGGUCUGUACAUAGAUUACCGCCAUUUCAUCAACGCCAACAUCACGCCGCGCUACCCAUUCGGUCACGGCCUCUCCUACACAACCUUCAAUUUCUCAAAUCCCUCCAUCUCAGUCGUCACAGCGCUGAACACCGCCUACCCUCCCACCGCACCAUCACACGGAUCAACCCCAGUCUACAACGAUUCCAUCCCCGCCGCUUCAGAGGUCUCAUGGUCCUCCACAAACUUCACCCGCAUCUGGCGCUACUUAUACCCCUACCUCGACAACCCAGAAUCGAUCACUGCAUCGGACGACUAUCCCUAUCCGGAUGGAUAUAGUACAACCCCGCAGCCGGCGCCACGUGCCGGUGGUGGCCAGGGUGGGAACCCCGCUCUUUUCGACGUUGCAUUUUCCGUGCAGGUCGAUGUUAAGAAUACGGGGUCCAGAUCUGGCAAGGCCGUUGCACAGCUUUACGUGGAGUUGCCGGCUAGUCUGGGGUUGGAUACGCCGUUGAUGCAGUUGAGACAGUUUGAGAAGACGGGGACGCUUGGGCCGGGUCAGAGUGAGAGUUUGACGUUGGAGAUUACUAGGAAGGAUGUUAGUGUUUGGGAUGUUGAGGUGCAGGAUUGGAAGGCGCCUGUUAAUGGGGAGGGGAUCAAGAUUUGGGUUGGGAAUAGUGUUGCUGAUACCCCGGUGCUUUGUGUUGUUGGUGGAGGAUGCUCCGUUGAGUGA